AUGGGGCUGGGGGCCGCGGGGCCCCUCAACGGGAGCGGGGCGGCCGCCUGGGGCUCCUGCUUCGGCGCCUUCAACRGCAGCGCCGGCCUCAACGGGACGGGGCCCAGGGCCAUCGCCUCGCCCUGGUUCUCCACGGCCUUCGGCCUCAUCGGCCUCUGCUCCAACCUCUUYGCGCUGUGCGUGCUGCGGAGCUCCUCGCGCCAGCUCUCCAGCCGGGCGCGCUCCUCCUUCCUCGUCUUCCUCUGCGGCCUCGUGGUCACGGACUUCAUGGGGCUGCUGGUGACGGCCUCCGUCAUCAUCCCCUACCACUUCACCAAGUUCGACUGGGCCGCCGUGGACGCCGGCUGCCACCUCUGCAACUUCCUCGGCUUCUCCAUGGUGUUCUUCGGGCAGUGCCCGCUGCUGCUGGGGGCCACCAUGGCCGGCGAGAGGUUCGUGGGCAUCAACCGGCCCUUCUCGCGCUCCAGCAGCGUGUCGCGGCGCCGCGCGUGGGCCAUCGUGGGCGCCGUGUGGGCCUUCUGCUGCCUGCUGGGGCUGCUGCCCGUGCUGGGGCUGGGCCGCUACACGCUCCAGUUCCCGGGCUCCUGGUGCUUCCUCACGCUGCUGCCCGAYGCGGGCGACGCCGCCUUCUGCCUGCUCUUCGCCCUGCUCGGCGUCGGCUCCGUGCUGCUCUCCUUCGCGUGCAACACGGUGAGCGUGGUGACGCUCUGCCGCGUGUGCCACGGCCGCGACGCGGCGCAGCGGCGCCGCGACAGCGAGGUGGAGAUGAUGGUGCAGCUCGUGGGCAUCAUGAUCAUCGCCACCAUCUGCUGGAUGCCGCUCCUGAUCUUCAUCAUCCAGACGGUGCUGCAGCAGCUGCGGGCGCCCGCGCGGCCCGCGGCGCUGCCCGCCGAGACGCAGCAGCUGCUGCUCAUCUACAUCCGCAUGGUCACCUGGAACCAGAUCCUGGACCCCUGGGUGUACAUCCUGUUCCGGCGGGCCGUGCUGCGGCGCGUGUACCCCAGCGUGCGCGCGCGCCCCUCCAUCGUGUCCCUCUACCCCGCGCUCAACCCCGCGCUGCGCCGCAAGCUCACGCAGGAGUCGGUGCUGCAGUAGCGCCCGGAYGCCGGGGCCCCGCCGGGGUGGCUCCCGGGACAAGGCACGUGGGACGUGCCUGGGCGAAAGGGGAGUCCCUCCAGUGUGGGCAGAACUGGGUGUCGCUGCCCCCCGGGGGUGGCAUCACCCCGGUGCCCGGGA